CGUGGAUUUAGUUCUCAGUAGCUGAGGACAUUAAUAGAGAAAAAUAAAGACGCAGUGUAAGAAAUAUUGGGAUCGUUACCCUAGCAACAGUUGCUAAUUGUGACAUAUUAUCGGAUUCAGAAUAAUGUUGGAUCAGGAAAAUGAGGACGAGUCGGGGAGAAUGCUAUCAGUGGUGAAGGAUGCUACGGACACCAAAAAGUUUUACGAGACUACGGAAAGAAACAGACAAUAUGAUGGUGUGGAAGAUAAGGAUGAAAAGGAUCUACCACCCGUGUUCAACAAAAGGUUGUUUGUCACUCAGGGAGCAGUCAUUAUCACGAAGGAAGCAAGGCGCAUCAUGACCCGAAAUGCAAGAUGCUCCCCCGAUGAAGAUCCAACUUUAACGAAGUCAGAAAUGUUGACGAUGCGAUCAGUUGUUGAUGGACUGAAGUUGAUUCAUAAAGGACAGGAUUACAUUAAAAAUGUUUUGUCCCGGUGUGUGACUUUGGAAACAUAUAAUGCAUUUCAAUAUGUUAAGAAAAAAUCUUGGGAAGACAUAUUAUCUUGUUAUUACAUAGUCCAUGGUGCCGUGGAAGUGACGUAUGAUAUGUCUGCUGCGGGACAGUCAUCUUCUCGGAAUGUUUAUCAACCAAAUAUCAUCUACAGUCACGGGACAGCGGAAUACCUCGGCAUUGUUAGUGCUGAGGGGCGGGAUGAAGAUAUUGCACCUCCUGCAACUGUGUAUACGAAGGAAUUAUGUGAAUUUAUUCGUAUAGAUAGAGACAGAUUUCAUAGACUGAUUGAAAUUGAAGAAUCUCUAUUGAUGAACGAAAUACAGCAAUAUUUUAAAUCAGGGUCUAGCAUUCUUUCCACACUUUCCGAAGAUGUACAAGCCAAAAUCCUUCCAAUGAUUCAAAAGCAUGAGUAUCCCCCAAACAAAACACUGAUAGAACAAGGCGAAGAGACGGAAUAUCUCUACGUCAUAGUGUCAGGUCGUGUGCAGUGCUAUAGGGAGGUGUACAUUCCAGAGGCGAAUCGGAACAUCGUAUUUUAUGUCUGCUGCAGAGAGAAAGAUGACUAUUUUGGAGAGGAGGGUGUCUUGGACCAUGAUGGUAGUUACUGUAGAAUUACAACAACUAGUCACACCAUUUGUUACAGGUUUCAUAGAACUGCACUAAAAGUAGUCAAUUUUGAGAAAUUAGAGCGAAUUCUCCAAGAAAACCGCCAUGAUUUUGUGGAUGAAGACGAGCUUCGAGAUCGUGGAUAUAAGAAUCACAUCUGGAACAACUACAAACAUAAUAAAGUUAAAGAGUCCCUCAAAGAGAAAGGAAAGCUAAAAUACAUGUGUAAAAUGAGAGAGCACCCGGUGACAGACAGACCUCCUAGCGAAGAAGAGCAGAUGACGGAAAAUAUGUAUGGUUUUGUCCUCAAAGGAAGCAGCUUUAAUCCGCCCAAAGUUCGAACUUUGUCUUGUCAUUCGAUGUCUCGACCCCACACCGCCCCACACGCUCUCAACGGGAAGUUGUCAGGGGCGGUAGAGGACCGCAGUGAAAGCAAUUCAGAUUCAGAAUCUUCCGAUGAAGAAACUAAAAAUAGACAACUUAUGACGUCAGAGUUAGCAAAAACCUUGGACCAACUCUGUACAAAGAAGUCUUCUUCGACAAAGAAAGGACGGAAAACAGAUGCAAAUCUAGAUGCGGACAAUAUCAUGAACAUCUUAGAUGAUAACAGUGAGAUCGGACGUCAUUUAAAGAAGGCAUGGGAAACGCAAGAGGUCGAGCAGCCGGAAAAAGACUCUUUUAUGAAAAAUGGAAUUCUUGCCAUUAUGGGAUCAGAUGAUAUUGUGCGUAAAGCCAUGGCGAUGGCAGAAAAAGAAGUCUCGCAUCAGAGGCGGCGAAGGUCCACCAAAGAUGACGAAGAAUGGAACACAGUCGUUCACGCAGAAAACAACCAGGCUAAGUUCCUGAUAGCUGCCAAUAAAUUGAGGAUAAAUAUCCUACGUAAAAAUUUAGCGGCCAUUGAAAAGGAACGGAAAUUAAACGCUCAAAAAAGAAUCCGCAUUAACAGGAAGCCAUACGUGACAAGUAUAAAGGAAAACGUACAGGAUACUAAAGCAGAACCACUAAAAGACAGUUCAAAGAAAAAGUUUUUCCCGGAUAGAUUAAAUGAACAAAGUCGUGUUUUACAGGAAGAUUUUGACAGAGAGGAUAAAUCGAAUUUGUUUGUCGCAAGAUCCCAGAAAAGAUGGCGGCCUUCCACAGUUAAUAACGAUACAACCGAAGGAUUUUCUGAACGAUGUCAUGUCAACACACAAACUUAUGUAAAAGUUGGUAGACCUAGAAGUGCCAUCGUCACACACAGAGAAGCAAUUGCAUACAAUGACAAACAACAGAAAAUUCAAUACCACAGAAACGGUAGAAGUCUAUACAACAGUACAGCCAAUAUAUCUGCCGUCUUGGAUAAAGGAAACCCUUCACGUCCUAAUAGUUCUAGAAGUAUCAGAAGCCGUUUGUCCAGCACAUAAUACAUAAUUUAACUUAAAUAUUUAACGUGUUGUUACUUUAUCUUUGUUGAUAUAUUAAAACAAUAAUCA